UGUUAGCCUUGAGGUGUUCUAAAUUGGUGUUUUCAGCCAUCUAGUAGUCUUGGAGCUAGGGUCACUCAAAAACUAAACCCUUGGCAGAGAACGACAGUAAUAUUUCACUUCCAACCGAGAACGCAAAGCGACAACAUCUUCUGAAACCAACUCUACCAUACCAAAGAACGGAAACCGAAAUUAAUCCCGAAUAGAACCAUGGAGAACGACCAGAUUGAGCUAAUGGAGGUGGAUUCUAUUGAGGUUGACCUGAAAGAGAUUGAACAGGGAGCCGAAAAGGCUGAUGAUGGCAAGAAGGACGAGGAGGAGCCAUCGGAGAACAAGGAGGACUCCACCCAGGAUGCAGGUCCGAACCAAGGAGCUCCUGUUAAGCGCUUCGAGGUCAAGAAGUGGAAUGCUGUGGCCCUGUGGUCGUGGGACAUUGUCGUGGAUAACUGCGCGAUCUGCCGGAAUCAUAUCAUGGAUCUGUGUAUCGAGUGCCAGGCCAACCAGGCCGCGAUCCCCACCGAGGAGUGCACCGUGGCCUGGGGUACAUGCAACCAUGCAUUCCAUUUCCACUGCAUCUCGCGGUGGCUGAAGACCCGACAGGUGUGCCCGUUGGAUAACCGUGAGUGGGAGUUCCAGAAGUACGGGCACUAGGCCGCAUCUAUGGAGUCCUAUGAUAUAUUGAAUUUGUUAUUUUUUAGUUCAGUAUUAAAUUUUUUGUUUCAACUUAAAACUAGAAGGUUCAGAUAGCCCUCCUUACUUUGUCUUAAGAGUUCCUUAAAGAAUCAUUAAACCUCCAUUAUCCAGUCAG